UUUGUUUUAAAUCCCGGUCCGGGUUGCAUUAUUAGGUUUUGGCUUUGUUGAGUAGUCGGCGUUAAUCUUCUAUAGCAAAGAAAAGAUAGCGACGGCCCUCUGGAGAAACUGAGAUACAGAGAGAGAUUGACAUUCAAUAAAAAAGCAAAUUAUCGACCAUGACUGACUAUGGACAGGAGCAGGAGAUGGAAAUUGAAGCAUUGGAAGCCAUACUCAUGGAUGAGUUCGAAGAAAUUCAUUCUAGCGAGAGUGGCUUAAAUACUUCUAAUCGUUGCUUCCAAAUAAUAAUUUCUCCACAGGAUGAUGACACGGAUGAGUCUACUGACAUUCCAGUUCAGCUAGGUCUAGUUUUCUCCCACACAGUAAAGUAUCCAGAUGAACCACCACUUUUGAAUGUGAAGAGCAUACGAGGUAUCCAAGCAGAUUAUCUUAAAAUUUUGAAAGAAAAGCUUGAGCAAGAGUCAUUCGAAAAUCUUGGUAUGGCGAUGGUCUACACACUAGUUACAUCUGCUAAAGAGUGGCUGUCUGAAAGAUAUUGUCAAGAUGCUAUCAAUGAGGACAUUGAAAACGAAGAGGCAGCUAAAGAUGAUGUAAUUGUCCCACAUGGAGAACCUGUUACUGUCGAGACAUUUUUGGCUUGGAGAGAAAUAUUUGAAGCAGAGUUGGCCCUUGAGCGAGCCAAGCUGAUGCCGGAGUCUGCCCUCACAGCCCCAAAGGAGAAGAAGCUUACAGGCAGACUGUGGUAUGAAAGUGGAAAAGCGAAAGGUGCAGUAGCAGUCAAUGAAGGAUCUGAUGAGGAAGAUGAGGAAGAAAUUGAUUUUGAUGACGACGAUUUUGAAGAUGAUGAAGAAGAUAUGCUUGAGCACUAUCUGGCGGAUAAAUCUGACUCUUCUCAUGCUUCAAGGAGAGCUGCGUAAAUGAAAGUAUUUGGUGUUGAAAUUAAGGUUGUCGAAGGCAAGUGUAUGGGCAUUAUCGGCCGAAAAUUUAAUUUCUUUCUGGGCGUUGUCCUACACGUAUUUAUCUCCUUCUCCCCUAUAUAUUUAUUGAGUGAGGAAGAGGGAUGUGUAGAUCCGAGUGAUUUCCUUUUGUUCAAGGGAGGGGCAGGAGGGGUUAAUGUAGAGAUGCAAUCCAGAAUUUAGAACAAGUUGAGAAAAAUCUUGCACAUGAAUCUAAGUACUCUAUUUGCUAA